CCUUCCGUGGGCGCCUAUUGCAAAUAUCUAUGAUUAUAUUACUUACAAGAAUCAAGUUCUAGACGCAUCUGAAGUAGGCUAUCAGUACACGAUGAGCAACGAACAAGAAAUACCUGGUGGGUUCCAGGAUACGGAUACCCAUGAUCAUGCCGUAUUAGCGCCAGGGGAGAGCAAUGCCGUUCAAAAGGCCAACAACCAUGGAAAACAUUCAGACAUGAAGUGGAAGCAGGCUUCCAAGACAGUAGACGAACGACUUACGUCCGAUCUGUCUAAUGAGGAUCUAUGGUUGCUCAUUCGGAGGUUCAACAAGCAAAUACAUCAUGUUAAAGCCAUACAAGGUCCUCCUCUAGAUGAGCUGGAUCUCAACCGGGCAGAUGAGGAACAAUUUCCCCCAGAAAAGCUGCGGGCAACUACUGAACGGUUCUAUACUUCUGUGGUUGUUGGGUUGGUUAGUUUCUUCAGUCACAUCACUAGACUGAGGUCAUGGAGAGAGCCUAGACGUACCGCAACGUUCUGCAUAGUCUACUUCGCAGCAUGGUUUUUGGAUCUACUUGUCCCUAUGACAACCUGUGUUCUUGUUGCGUUGAUUCUGUUCCCAUCCACACGAUCCCUGCUUUUCCCUCCUCGUAGCACUUCAGGGAAUGACUCAGAUGCUAGUGACGCCGGGCAGUCUACGCGUGAUAGCAUGACCAGUGCUCCAGAGACAUACAAAGGCGAAGCAGCAGAGCAGGAGGCCUCCAACUUAGUCAACGAUAUCGCCAAUGUCGCCAUGGAAAGUGCCCGAGGAAAAUACGGCCAGUCAGUAAUUGAUGAUGAUGCUGAGGGGUCAUCUGAGCCUGAACCAGUCGAUGUCGGGGCAAUCACUGCAGAGGUGCAAGCUGAGAAUGCACCAGCCGAAGAUAAAACUAAAAAGCCUAUGAAGAAAAAGAUAUCAAAGGCUACGAACCAGACAAUGCGUAUACUUGGUGAUAUUACUGAUAUAUAUGAGCAGCUUUCCAAUCUCCUAUCCCCCACUCCACCAUUCCUUACUAUAGCACCCCGUCUGCAAGUGGUAGGGAUAUUAAUAUCUAUAGGCCUGGUAUCCCUCGUCACGUCGAGCCAUUUUAUGAUCAAGUCUGGUAGCUUUUUCUUUGGACUGGCCAUCUUUGGUGACCCUGUCGUGCAACGCACUAUAGCCAUCUUGAACGACAAGGUUGCAAACUGGAAAGAGUACCUAGACUUACAAAACACCCUGCUAAAAGGUGUCCCCACAAACGCCCAACUCACACUAGCCCUUCUUCGUCUUGGUGAAAUCAACUCCACACCGUUGCCGCCACCCCCAAGCUCGCACAACAAUGAACCCCUAUGGCCUAUUCGUCGCAAAGCUCCUGGUAGUAUAACUUCGAGCAAAAACAACGAUGAACCCACUACAUCUCUCGUGACUCAAACUCAAACCCCCAAACCAGAGCUUUCAAAAGCAGAAGCCCGGAAGAAAAAAUGGUCGAAGAUCCUCAAGUUCAUCGGCCGAACAAUCGCAACAGCAAUGAAAGGCCACAUCGCAUUCGACCGCGCCAUGAGAAUCACUGAAUCUGCAAGCACGAAGACCCUAAUUGGCCUGUUAAGCCGACGAGGCUGGAUCACGGCACCACCUCUUGGGCCUCUCAAAUUCGAGGCAAAGUUUGAGCGCAAGCGAGGUACAGUGGUCAUCGACUCGUCCCAAGAGCAGCCUGUACUCUAUUUCACGACUUGCCAAUCUGCUAAACUGGAUGAUUUGCGACUGGAGAACCAGAAGAAAGGUGCUAUAUUGUUUCAGAUUCCUAUCCCUGAGAUCAAGGAAUUGAAGAAGACGGAGGGGCUAGGUUGGAAGGGGAAGCUGAUUGUUGAGUUGACGGCCGGGACCAAGGAUUCUAUUGAUGGGUUGGUGAUUUCAAGGAUGGAGCCCCAAUAUCAAUCUUAUCAUCUUACUGGUAUGCGGGGAAGGAAUCAGUUGUUUAAUCGACUGAUUGCUAUGGAUGCGCAGUUUUGGGAAAGUCAUUGAGUUGGGG